UUCUACGUAACGGACGGCGGAGGCUACGUGAAGAGUGGCGCGGCGUGACUGCGCUACCUUGUCCGCCAGGGUCCUGGAGGCGUCGCGGACAGGAAGACCGCGGCGGCGGUGGAGACAGUGGCCAGGCUGAGAGGCAGGCGGGUGGAAGUGGCGGCCGCAGGAGUGCUGGGCCGGGUUUUAGCCUCGGGCGCAGCACGAGUAAGGAUUCAGGAUUGUCAGCGUGAUUCCUGCGAGUCCCGUGUUGUGGCCGCCGGCAGGAAGGCCUCGUCUCUAACGGCAACACGGAGUGAGCGCUCCCCUUCUCGUCCGGACUCAGCCGCUGGGCGACUACUGGGCCUGACUUGUUCCCCUGCACCCUUGUUGGAGACCGGGAGGCUGGCAGGGAGUCGUGCAUUUGAGAACUUGUUUUUAAGGUGCAAUGAAAGCCUUCCAUGCUUUCUGUGUUGUCCUCUUGGUGUUCGGGAGUGUCUCUGAAGCCAAGUUUGAUGAUUUUGAGGAUGAGGAAGACAUAGUGGAGUAUGACGAUAAUGACUUUGCUGAAUUUGAGGAUGUCCUGGAAGAUUCUGUUACUGAGUCUCCUCAACGAGUGGUAACUACUGAAGAUGAUGAAGACGAGACAACUGUCGAAUUGGAAGGGCAGGAUGAAAACCAAGAGGGAGACUUUGAAGAUGCAGAUACUCAGGAGGGAGAUACAGAAAGCGAGCCAUACGAUGAUGAAGAAUUUGAAGGUUAUGAAGACAAACCAGAUACUACUUCUAGCAAAAAUAAAGACCCAAUAACAAUUGUUGAUGUUCCUGCACACCUCCAGAACAGUUGGGAGAGUUAUUAUCUAGAAAUUUUGAUGGUGACUGGUCUGCUUGCCUAUAUCAUGAACUACAUCAUUGGGAAGAAUAAAAAUAGUCGCCUUGCACAGGCCUGGUUUAACACUCAUAGAGAGCUUUUGGAGAGCAACUUUACAUUAGUGGGGGAUGAUGGAACAAAUAAAGAAGCCACAAGCACGGGGAAGCUGAACCAGGAGAAUGAGCACAUCUACAACCUGUGGUGUUCUGGGCGGGUGUGCUGUGAAGGAAUGCUUAUCCAGCUGAGGUUCCUCAAGAGACAAGACUUACUGAAUGUCCUGGCCCGGAUGAUGAGACCAGUGAGUGAUCAAGUGCAAAUAAAAGUAACCAUGAAUGAUGAAGACAUGGAUACCUACGUGUUUGCUGUUGGCACACGGAAAGCUUUGGUACGACUGCAGAAGGAGAUGCAGGAUCUGAGUGAGUUUUGUAGUGAUAAACCUAAGUCUGGAGCGAAGUAUGGACUGCCUGAUUCUCUGGCCAUCUUGUCAGAGAUGGGAGAAGUGACAGAGGGAAUGAUGGAUACGAAGAUGGUUCACUUUCUUACGCAUUAUGCUGACAAGAUUGAAUCCGUUCAUUUCUCAGACCAGUUCUCUGGUCCAAAAAUUAUGCAAGAGGAAGGUCAGCCCUUAAAGCUACCUGACACGAAGAGGACACUAUUGUUUACAUUUAAUGUGCCUGGCUCAGGUAACACUUACCCAAAGGAUAUGGAGGCUUUGCUACCCCUAAUGAACAUGGUGAUUUAUUCUAUUGACAAAGCCAAAAAGUUCCGACUCAACAGAGAAGGCAAACAGAAAGCAGAUAAGAACCGUGCUCGAGUGGAAGAGAACUUCUUGAAGCUAACCCAUGUGCAGAGACAGGAGGCUGCACAGUCCCGGCGAGAGGAGAAGAAAAGAGCAGAGAAGGAGCGAAUCAUGAACGAGGAAGAUCCCGAGAAACAGCGCAGGCUGGAGGAAGCUGCCUUGAGACGUGAGCAAAAGAAAUUGGAGAAGAAGCAGAUGAAAAUGAAACAAAUCAAAGUGAAAGCCAUGUAAAGUCACUCCAGAGAUCGCAAUCCUAGUGCCAUCUGUAAGCUCUGAAUUCCCAGGAAACAAACAACACCAGUCCAUUAUGCAUCUUAAAGUGCGGAUGUUCCCAACAACUGAGAGAUCCUUACUUCAUCCUCUGUUCUGUUUUUGGUUUGGAAUUUUACAGAAGUUGUAGAUACAUUGCAAGGGCUCUGUUUCCGUAUUUCCUUUCAGAUAAUCAAAUUGCUUUGAUUAUUUUAUAAAAGGAGUGAUAUUUGAAAUCUGUAGUUCUACAGUGUUUUAAAAACUAUAAUAUGAAUCAUCAGUGCUUUUAAUACUAUGAUAUUUGAAGAAAUAUCAUGAAAUUUAGAGAUGGGUAAUUAGAUUGUUGCUUUUAUUUAAAUAAGGCAGUUGAAAUAGCUAUGAAGACUGACUCUAAACCAAGAUUUCACAAUUAACUCCUGGAAUUACACAAUAAACAUUGCUUGGUGUUUUCUUCUGUGUCUACAUUAAACUUGUGAAAAAGUAAAAUUUAGAAUACUGUACGUGGUAGUGAGAUUUCGGAGACUCAAAACAUAAUGUUUUGUGGGUAGGAGGUGCUGAUGACAGUAUUAGAGAAAAUCUGUAGCUGUUAGUAUACUGACAUGGAAAAUUCUGGGUAGGACAGGAGCCCAGUUUUCUCCUUCCCUGAUGCCAUGAGCUAAUGACAAUGUGAAUGCUGUGUUUUAAGUGGUUGAAUAUUUUAUUUUUCUUAACAAGUGCAUGAAAAUUAACUUUUCCACCUAAGUCAGAUUAGCUAUCAGGUCAUUGGUCUGUGUGAAGUAACAAAUGUUUCUCUUUGUUGCUGCAACCCAUUGGAUGUUGAUGGAGAAGCUCUGUUUUCUGUAUCGGCUGUGUAUCUUUGCUUUUCCCUCUCUGCUUUUAUCUCUUCCACAGUUGAGGCUAGGUAUGUUCUUUCAAAGAAAUAGCCAUGGAUAUGCAUAAAUAUACUUUUAAAAAUGAGCUUUCUUAAGCCAUUGAGAGUUCUGCUUCUUGAGGAAGAAACUCUUGGGGGAGAGGCCCAUCUAUCUGCACAAGCAUUUCGCUUGUUCAGAUCUGUGCAUUUUAUAAAUGCUUCCUACUAAGAAAGCAUUUCUUGAAGUCGCGAUUGUACCAGGUAAUUUUUGCCGGGGAUGGGACCGGGUUGGGCUUUUUGGUGGGGGCGGGGUGCUGGGUAUUUUUGGUUGAUGCUUUACGUGCAAGUCUGUCUCUGAGGCAAUCACAGUGAGUUGCUGUGAAAACAGCAUGUGCUGCUGCCUUUGCGACUGCAUGGAAAAUGUUCACACUAGUUUUUCUCUAGGUUAAAACAAAUAUGUAAAUUGAGAGAUGAAAAUGUAAUAUUUUUAACAGUUCAUGAAAGUAAGUUAUUAAAAUAACAAAAUUUAAUUACUUUAAUGCUAUAUAUUAUUCUAGAAUUAGCCUUGUUUUACAAACCUUUACAAUACACUUUAGAAAUCAAAGUUGAUAUGCUUAGCUAUCUUUUGAGUAAUAUAAGCUUUCUUAAGAGUCCCACACAUUUGGACCAUGGCAGCUAAUUUUGUAUUUUAAGCAUUCAUAUGAAACUACGAAUGGACGUAUAUUAAACUGAUUAACAAAA